CUGGAGCCAACAACAUGGAGUCCGCUCGACUGCACCGCUAGAGCCCAGCGCCGGGGCUUUCUCACUGAGCUUGCAGAAAAACAAACAAAAAAAGCAAACGCGGCGUAUCGAUGCAGUAAAGCGGCCGCGUGUACAGACUUCGCCCGGGACUCGACAUGGAGAGCGCGGCGUGCGGCUUUCCGUAGAGCGGCGGGGCGGGCAGGCCGUUACGGUGAGCGGGACGCGAUUUUUUCUGCUUCCCCCAAAGCGGUAUUUAACAUUCCCAGGAUGUUCUGUUUUCCCUGCGCUGCCACAGGGACCCUGCCACAAGUAAGUAGCAGAGGCUAAUCCUGCUGUGGCUGGGCGUCAGAGCUCAGCAGACCUUCAUCACUACUGUUAGCGAGAAAAGAAGCAGAAGAAGAAGAAGAAGAAGGGGGGGAAAAACCGUUGUCUUCUCGAUGUUCGUCAUGACAAGGACGGGGCUAAAUUUACCCAAACCAGACAUGUUGAAAUAGGUCAGACGGUACAGGAUUGCAGCGGGCAGGUGGGGCGAAUGAGCGAAGGAAUUCAGCACUUGGUUUUUUUUUAACAACUUCUUUUCAAGUAGCCCUUAUAAUAUGACGCGGGUUACACUCCUUUCAAGUUGCUUUAACCCUGCCUGCUGUGUUUCUAGACGUUUACUGUCACUGCAGGUCAUUGUAUCCCCUCGUUUCCCUUUUAUCAGUUCUCUUUUAUAAAUGGUAAUGACAUGAAAUGUGCAUGUUGUUGUAUCUACAUCUGUCCAUGUCUCUGUCCAUCUGUGCGACCAGAAGAGGACAGCAUGUAGGUGAGUUCAGCAGAUUACACGGUGCACCACCGGACCAUGGAACCUGAUGUAGGUCCUCUUCCCAGUAUGGACCCCCAUGAUCCAACGUCCAUCCGGGAGCUCUCGGAAUCCCCCUCGCUACUCACGAACAGCUUGAUGGCAGGAUUGUCCCAAAGCGAUGAUUUGGAAAGGGAUGAUGAAGAUGUAAACCUCCUCCAUAGAAGUGCGUUUUACAACGAGAAAAAACACCCAUCCUCAGCCUUCUCCUCAUCUCUAACAUGGGACUCUGAUUCUGAGAAAGAAAUAUUUGAUGAAGAGGAACUCCAGCACUUUUCUAAUCCUCAUGGCCUUGCUGCUCACAGUCCAGGAAGUCUCACCUGUGAAGAAGACCAAGAAAAACUUGACUGUGGAGUUUACACAACGCCUGAAAAGCCCAAAACAAUAAUGUUAGACAAAAACUUGUCUAGUUCUUUGGAUGCACAAGGUCAAGACAGAGGUGCAUGCAGAGAUCCAGGGACGGUACAAUCCAGCACUCAACAAUCUGCGGAAAAAGAUAAAGUUGGACAUCAAGAGUUAAGUGGGACACCAAAAGAGGGAUACUUAAAAGAGGAAGAGGAGGAGGCAGGCUUUGAUCAUAAGAAGAAGGAAAUAAAGAGUGUUCCUGAACGAGAUGUAUAUACCUUCCCUGGUGAUUCAGACCCAGAAAGUCCACCACCAGGUCCAUGGGCACACUGCACCUUCAUCCAGCGUCGCAGAAAGAAAAGAGCCUUACUGAGACCUUUUUCUGGGCUAAAUGCCUGGCAGUGCACACCGGGUAUAGGAAGAAAGACCAGAGUAAGUUCCUCCAGGGCAAAAGAGUGCAGUAAAUUCAUAAACGAUAAAGAAGGAGUGUUCGAGUUUACAGAGGAAGAGGAGGAGAAGAUUAAAGUUAAGAAUGAGUCACAAGAAGUCCAAGGAGAAGUUUCCCAAGAGAUUUUCACCUGUGUCGAAUGUAGCUCAUACUUUAAAAAAGCAACACAUCUGAGGGAACACAUGCAAGAACAUGGUCUAGACAGUGGGAGAAAGGAACAUGGUGGAGAAGAUAAUGCAAGGAGGAGGCGAGCCAAGAAAAAUGUCUUUGAGUGUAUGGAAUGCGGACAGAAUUUCACUGAUAGGCCGGCACUGUUGGACCAUCACAGACAGCAUGAGGAGUCUCGGCAGAAGAUCUUGAAGCAGAUGGGAAAGGUGAAGGAGGAAGGAAAGAGAGCAAGCCGCAGAAAUUCCAAGAAGCCGGUCACUAAAGAGUCUUUGGCCAAUUUUGGCCAGUUUCUUUGUCUCAAGUGCAACUAUAGCUCUGAUGUGCCUCAAGAACUUGCAGAACAUGCCAAGACACAUACAACUCGGACCAGAGCUGGUGGGCCUCGUGUCUCACCUCGUUUCCAGAAAAAAACCUGCAGAAAAGGAUGGACACAGUUUUCUGGUAAUGCCAGAUUGACCACAGGGGGUAGUGAUAGGUACCCAACCAGAGCUUCUGUGCAAUUGGGGGGAAUUAAGCCUGAGGUUGAUGAUUUGCAGGCCAAAGACUGUGAUCCACAGACUGAGAAUAAGACUGAUCCCAUUCCAGGACCCAGCCAGAAUCACACAGUAACUGUAAAUCCAGCAGAACCCACAGACAAGCCAGAAUUAGAAAGUGCUCAGACUGAAGCUGCUCUCCUUGCAAGUCCAAGCCUACAGGAGGAGUCAGGGUCUGCUGAGGUUGGGCUUGGAGAGGAGAAUGUCUCAAACACAAAGGCUGAAACACAGCAAAAGGAUGUUGGUUUCAAGGGCACAGGAAAUCGACGCUCGAAACGAGUUGUUAGGCGUGUUUUAGGACGCACACGAGCAAGUAGCAGACUGGAAACCCAGUCUACUGACACUAGUGAUUUAAAACUCCAUAUGCAAAACACUGAGGAGACCACAAAGCUGAGCCAACAAGCACCUGGAUUACCAGAUGCAGAGGGUGAUCUAAUGCUGGCCAACAAAACAGGAGAGGAAACAUCUGCUCUAGCAUUAGACCUCAACAACUCUCUGUCACAAAAGACCAGUGAGGAGUUAAAAGAAGAUACAAAAGAAGAGACACCACCUGGUGAAAAGGAUGAAUGUAGCAAAAACACCACUGAUGAAAAUGGCAAUGAUGAUAAUGAUCCUAAUGAUGACGAUGACGAAGAUCAUGACGAAGAUCGUGAUGAUGAUGAAGACGAUGGAAGAAGGAAUGAUCAAAAGGAUAUUUCCAGUGACAAAGAAGAGGAUGAGGAUAGUAUCAAACAUCUUCUUGAUGUUUUAACUGAAGAGGAGGACGAGGAAGAUGAUGAGGGCAUUUUGUUGAAGACUGUAGAAAAGAAAUGUCCCUACUGCCAAGACUGUUUUGAUAAUGGAAUUGGCCUGGCCAAUCAUAUUAGGGGGCAUCUGAACAGAGUUGGAGUCAGUUACAAAGUUAGACAUUUCAUAUCCCCAGAAGAGGUCAAUGCCAUUGAGAAGAAAUUCUCCUACCAAAAGAAGAAGAAAAAAGUUGCUAACUUUGACCCAGCGACCUUCAGUGUGAUGCACUGUGAGUUCUGCAGUGCUGGCUUUGACACCAGGGCCGGCCUUUCCAGUCAUGCUCGUGCACACCUACGAGACUUCGGCAUCACCAACUGGGAGGUCACUGCUUCACCCAUUAAUGUCCUUCGUGAGCUCUUCUCUAAGCGACCCGACCUUGCUUUAUCCAUUACCCCUGCUUUUAACUCUGAGGACAAGAAACCAUGUAAAGAAGAAGAGGAGUCCAUAUUAGUAAAUGAUGUAGAAACUGGAACUUCAGAACCAUUGCUGAAGAUACACACAUCUCCAACUCAGCCUUGGAAAGAGAGACAGAAUGAUGGUGGAGCUGAGGGUGGGAAUAAGAAGAGGGAAGAAGAUAAAAAAAUGCAAUUUCAGGAUGAGUUUAGCUCCAGCCCAAACAGCUCAGCUGCUGAAGAUGAGACUGAGCCAAAAGGUUCCAGUUUGCUGAAGUGUAAGGUCUGCUGUGCGCUGUUUGAGACAAGGAGAGCUCUGGCUAGCCACACUCGCUCUCAUCUGCUCCAGUUAGGUGCGGGCGUAUCUGAAGGCAGUGAUGCACCUAGAGAUCUCUACAAGAUAACCAAGGAGGCCACUGACUCCCAUUUACCUGCCUCAUCCCCCUCACAGUCACCAACACCAUCACCCAAAAGCACUCCCAGUCAUGCUUUCUGUGUUGCUUUGCCAAGCCCCAGCAGGAACACAGAGUUUGAAGAUGAGCCACAAGACAUUAAGCCGCUCUCACUACUGUGUACUGUAGCAAAAUCUCCGCCUUCCCGAAGCAGCCCCUCACCAUCUGGCUUGCAGCCAUCAUCUCCAUUUGGGAGGUCUCCAUCCCCUUCACACUCUCUGUCUGCUUCCCCGUCCCCAGUGCUAAGGAAGGCGCCAAUCUCCUCGUUGCUGCCCGUGUCUUCCCCACUGCGCUCCCAUGAGCACAGAACUAUGUCAAGGGCUCACAAUUCAGCCUUGUCCACCAGCUCAUCCAGACCACUCUGGGCACCACAAGAAACAGAGGCUCCCCUUAAUCUCACAAUGGAUAUGGAUUCUAAUACAGACAUCAUAUGCAAGCUAUGCGGUGCCUGGUUUGAAACGCGCAAGGGCCUCUCAAGUCAUGCACGAGCUCACCUGCGCCAUUUUGGCGUUGAAUACUCCGAGUCCAAGGGGUCACCUAUUGACCUGCUCAAUACACUUAUCCUCACUGAUGACUUCAAGCGCAGGAUUACUUCCUUCCGCUCUGACAGCCCGGAGGACCUGAGAGUGCAUGGAAACAACGCAGCUCCUCCCUCUCCCGCCACAUCCACACCUCCUUCUGCUUCCAAGAGGCCCUUCCACUCUAGCCCCGUCCUAUUAAAGAAUGCAUCAUUACAAAGUGGUGUUGGCUCCAAAGCUACCUCCUCGUUUUCUUCUUCCUCCGCCCACACCUUGCACAGUCCACCCAUUAAGAAGCUAAAACAUUCUUCACAGCAGGUCUUCCGUCUGAGUAGCAGGGAGAUGAUGUCCAUUCCUUUAGCUGAACCAAUGAAAGAUGUGUGUUGUGAGUUUUGCGGUGAGCUUUUUGAGAACCGCAAAGGCCUCUCCAGUCAUGCCCGUUCUCACUUACGUCAGCUGGGCAUUACUGAAUGGUCUGUAAACGGCUCGCCCAUCGACACACUACGUGACCUCAUAACUCGCAGAGGUUUGCCAUGCGUCAUGCCCUUGAAACCCUUGAAAACUUGCUCGUCCUCUCCAAGCCCAGGACCCCCUCGGACAUUACACCGGUAUUCUACUGCACAAGGAGGUGUCCUAGGCCAUCAGAAAUUCUCUUUCAAUCAACACCAGCCAGCCAAGAUGGCUGUAUCAGCACCUGUCACCAGUACCUCCUCAACAGUAUUAAUGGUCAAGCCCAAACCCGAACCCGAGCAGGUGGAAGUUACUGUGACUGGAGAGGGGCAUGAAGGAUAUAGCUCUGAGUCACUGCAUCCAAGCUGGAUGAGCUCAGAUAAUGGGCGCCCCAUCAACCUAUUAAUGACCCAGGAGAGAGAACCGCCUCGUGAUAUCCGUUGUGAGUUCUGUGGCGAGUAUUUUGAGAACCGCAAAGGCCUCUCCAGUCACGCCCGCUCACAUUUACGCCACAUGGGUAUCACCGAAUGGUCUGUCAAUGGCUCACCUAUUGAUACACUGUGGGAGAUAAUGAGGAAUCAGGGUACCAUGCCGGCAUCUGCUGGGUUAGACGUAAAAGUGGAACCAGACCAAGACAGCAGCUCUCCCUGGGACAGUCAAGGGUAUCAGUCAUCCAGAGUCUCAACAAAAGCACCUAUUAACCUGCCCCAUUCCAGGUCACGUCUCCCAAAGCAUGGAUUUGGGUCCACUGGGCUAUCAACUACCCCUUUAGCAGGGAAGUUUCUUGGUAUGAAACCUAUUGGGAAGAGAUUCCUGGGAACUGAAGGCCACCUUGGCCAAAGGUCACCACCAACCCAGUCAAAAACGUUCUCGCCCUCACCACAGGACUUUUCAUUUAAAGGAAGAACCUCCACAGACAAGUAUGGGGUAGGGCGCACGGAUGCUAGCUGUGAGUUGUGUGGUUUUGCCUUUGAGAACCGGAAGGCAUUGGCCAGCCAUGCUCGGGCUCAUUUGCGACAAUUUGGUGUGACAGAGUGGUCUGUGAACGGUUCGCCCAUUGAGACAUUGAGUGCCUGGAUGCGCAGCCGGCCCCAAACAGUGGCUGAGCUGCACCGUAGCUACCUAUCACAUGGGCAUGUUGCCCAAAAGAAGAAGCAGCCAGCAGCCCAGUGGGCGUCUUUAACACUGUCCCAGGGGAAGACUGUUGAACGACAGAUCAUGAACAGUUCAUGGAGUUCAUUAUCACAGGCAGUAGAGGUAAAAAAUCGAAAUGGCGCCUCGUUUCACCAUGGCAUCAGUACCCAGGAUAGGGGACAUCAGUCUAGCAGUGCCCUUCCACAUGUGCAAGUGGCUCGGAGUGAACUUAAUGUCCGGGUGACACGAGGCAUUGAGCGACGACCCCUGAAACAUCCUUCACAUGUUGAUGGUGGGGAGAGAGAAAGCUGUCCUCCCAAACCACCUCGCUCUAGUACUGUUCCUGCCCUUGUGCCAAAGCCCCCUUCCACCUCUCUGGUCAAACUUGUGGGUAAAAUCUACUCUCUCAAGUGCCGGUUUUGUGAUGUGGAGUUUCAUGGCCCCCUGUCAGUGCAGGAGGACUGGAUCAGGCACCUGCAGCAGCACAUUCUGAAACUUGACUACAACAAGCCAGCUCCCACCACAAAUAACACUCCAGCCAAAUCUGGCAUGGCUGUUCCUGAAAAGCAAACCUCAGCUACUACCUCCAUUUCUAUUACUACUACAGCUACUAAAGCUCCUACUCCCACCUCAGCCUUGAGUCUUAACCCUGCAUCUGUAUCUAUACCAUGCCCACCAGUGUCUACUCCUACUUCAACGCCGACCUUCACAGCUCACACACUGACCAGCCCAGGAAUCCCAACCAAGGCUGAACAGGAAGUUGAUACUCCUCCCACAUAACGCUUUUGUCUUUUGUAUUUCUCUUCCUUCAUUCUGUUCGUGCUUACUGUUAUUAAAAAAACAAAAACAGUGGUUAGUAAGAGCAUAGCUUACUACCCGUUUAUUCUGGCCAACAAAAGAUGUUUUAAUUCUUAUACUUUUGAUUAAAUUUGUUUGUGUAAUAAGGUAUUAACAGGUCAGUGGUGCUUAUGGAGGUAUGUAAUGUAACUCACUUGCUGACUAGGUCCUUCUUUUAACUCUUUUAACGUUGGAUUUUAAAAGCAUAUGGAACAAGUUCUUUAUUUGUACUAGACAUGGAGUAUCUACAUAGUUGUUGCUAAUGAAAGGCACAAAGAUAUAAAAAAAUGUUUUUGUCCAUCCAAAAUUGUUGUAGCACUUUUUCUUUUAAUGUAUUUUCCCCCGAAGCACUUACACCAAGCCUUUAGCCCUCUUAAAAUAAGCUUGUCAUGGGAGACCCCUAUUAUUGGUUAACAAAGUUGUGCCAUCAUUAGGUAUGAGCUGUUUGGGCUGAUAUGCCCUUGCUCAAACUUUUACCAUGCACCUUACAUGAUUUCAUUUUUAAUGAGUCCUAAUGUAAGUCACUUUUCCCCCUCAGAAUUCUACUAGUUUCAACAAUUUACGAGACUCUUUAUUUUAUUUUUACAUAAUUCCUGUUUUUUUUUUUUUUUUUUUUAGUAAAUGAUAAAACGCAGAUAAUUACUUCAUAAGGGUUUAAAUAAGCUAAUAAAUACUGUACAUUAAUUUGUGUUCAAUAUAACCGUGAUUAGAAGAAGAAAAAUAGCAUUCUACCAUGUCUCUUUAAAUGUUCUGACUACUAUUUGUUGUCUGGGUUCUUAAAGGCCGGAACAUUACUGUUGGUACUGUAGAAAGUUGGCAAGGUACCUGCACAAGCAAGAACGUAAUCAUUAAAAAAAAUUCAGUGUGCUUAAAUGUUAAGUGAAGCCUAGUUUGCUAUUUGCACAUUAGCUUACUGCACCCACUCUUAAUGUGUCUCUUCCAUUUGCUUAGAACUUUUUUUUAAGGAACUGCCCUGUAUUCACAGAAUGGAAAGUUGGCCUAAAAUAAGGUAAUUCAUGUUUUUGGUGCCUGCUUUGACUAAAACCCAAAUCCCUGUGCUAAUGUAUUGCACUUUUGAAUGUGCCCUUUUUUGGAUAGAUGACAAGAAUUUGAAUGUUUGGCAUAUGAGCAAUGAGUUGAUGCACUUUUACUCAAAUAGCGGAGUGUAUGUAUUUGUGCGUAUACAUGCAUGCACUUAAAAAGUCACGCGUGUCUUUGCCAUAUAGCCGCAAAUCUAGUUUUAAAAUAGUUUUCUAUAGCACAUUUGUGUCCCUGCCAAGAACGUCAAUGCACUGCGCCCAUCAGUGUGAGGCAGAACGUGCCAAAGAAUCAGUGUGACAUGGGACAGUCUCUUAGACUACAGCUGUCAUGCGCCAGCUCCUGACGGAAUGGAGAGAACAGAUUUUGUCUUCUCAAAUGGUGGAAAUCAUGGACUGUGGUGACUCAAAGUCCCUUCUUUGGAUUGUAUUGUACGAACUACAUCUGAGAAAUACCACAAACCUUUGGUAUGCUGGAUAUUAAUCUUGGGACAUUUAUGGUUAUUGCUUGAUCCAAGAAAGGCCUCUUUGGAUAAGUUAUGGACUGACAGAACUAUGUAGCUUCACAUGACUUUAGAUGGUAAUCCAUUUCUACACAGUGAAGCAAUAACAGUAUGGUCACAUGACGCAAACUAUGGAGGUUCGUUUCACUACUCGUCGCAUUUCUGUGACUGUUAGACUUGCAGCAUUCCUGUGGAUUAUGUACCUAUAUAUAUUAAAACUAGUUCCAGUCUUGAGAUAUGAUCCUGAUCAAUUUAUCAUGAGUUUAUUCCAACUAUUCUGUGUAUUUUUUAUUGCCAUUUGUCUAUCUGUACUUGCAGUUCAAAAUAAGUGAAAUAGAACAAGUGUUAUUUUUUAAUUAUUGGUGCUCAUGAGUUAAAGUAGAUAUGAAUGGUUUUAUAAUGUUCAGUGCUUAGAUCAUGAAAAUGCCCUUACAUUAAAGGACCUCAAAGAUUUAUGUCUUGAUGGAGACUGACCCCGAGAUGAGCUCAUAUGAAAUGUGCCAGACAGUUGGUCUCCUGUAAGACUUUCCUCAGCUAGAUUGAACUGGUUCAAGACGUGUGUUUGUGUGUGUGUGUGUGUGUGUGUGUGUGUGGAAAGGGAGCAAUGUAGACAGAAAAAUGAGAAUGCUAAGCUGCCAUGGAUUAAUCAUACUGUGCACAAGCAUUAGAAUGAUUCAUGUGAAUCAACAAAUCAUUAAAUGUGGUCUGAAUCAUA